AUGGCCCCAGUUGUCCACAGCGCACGUGCCAAUACUCUGAAGACACCUCAGGAAGGUCGUCUCAAAGACCACACAAACACAGACAAGGCGGAGGGAUCCCUGAAGGGCCUCAGUUUCCCCGUUUCUUGGCGGCCUCGGGAGGAUGUCUCCCUGGGCUCUACCUGGCGCAUGGGCGAAAGUGGAGACAGAAUUCGAAACUGGCUUCCCAACGCGAAGCUGCCUCCCAUGGUGGAGUGGAAGCCCCCUGAGGGCAGAAAUUGCUUCAACUCUGACCCUGUAAUGAAAAUAAAUCAUCACCAUGAUGGCACUCAGACAGGGGCCAUUGUGGAAACACAGGGAGGCCUGUCCCCAGCCCAGGCCUACUGCCCUUAUGGGGAAGCCACUCCUGUGAAUGAGGGAACAGCCACCGGCCCCCAGCUGCCACUCCUGGGCUGGCAAGCCAGCCUGCUUAAAGCAACGCCCGUCCUCUCACUCACCAAGUCGCAGCAUGAUGAGUCUUCGGGGCGCCACCGGCCUCCGUCGGGGAGGAUGAACCAGACAGAACACCUGAGCAUCAUGUUUCCAGCCAUACUGUCAAACGCUUUCAACGCAGAUGAACACGGCAUCGAGGGCAGCUACCGCCCUGAUGGCCCCGGCUUGGCUCGGGCCGCUGGGCCUGGCUGGAGAGACUUCAGCCAGAGUACAGGAUUCGAGCUUGGCCUUCAAGGACUCUGCUCUUCUCCAAGAGAUGGGUGCAUCAAGGAGGCGGGAGAUGGCCCCUGUACUCUUGACGGCCAGCGCCCCCCGGAUUGGAAGAGUAAACCCUCAAACAAGAAGUCAGAUCCCAAUAUAGAAAUUUCUGUGGAAGCAUCAUCCCAGGAAAAAUUCAGAAGUAGUGGUACUUGUGUCUUCAAAUUGAGAGAAACCUUGGGAUGUAGUACCAGAUUAGAGAGUGAGCAGAAGAGAAAGAAGAAACCUUAUGAACGUGGCAAGACCCUUCGUUGGAGCACACAGUGUAUUCAUUGUCAGAGAACUCAUGUUGAGAAGAAACUUUAUGAAUGUAAUGACUGUGGGAAGACCUUCUGCCAGAACAGUGAUUUUAUUCGACACCAGAGAAUUCAUACUGGAGAGAAACCUUAUGAAUGUAACGAAUGUGGGAAGGCCUUCCACAGGAAGACAGGCCUUACUGAACAUCAGAAAACUCAUACUGGAGAGAAGCCUUAUAAAUGUGAUGAAUGUGGGAAAGCCUUCUACAGAAGCACACACCUUACUCGGCAUCAGAGAAUUCAUACUGGAUUGAAGCCUUUUGAAUGUAAUGAAUGUGGGAAGACCUUCCAUUGGAGGACAGGCCUUAGUGAACAUCAGAAAAUUCAUACUGGAGAGAAACCUUAUGAAUGUAAGGAAUGUGGGAAAGCAUUCUUCCAAAGUACACACCUUACUCGACAUCAGAGAAUUCAUACUGGAGAAAAGCCUUAUGAAUGUAAGGAAUGUGGGAAGGCAUUCUGCCAGAACACACAACUUACUCAACAUCGAAGAAUUCAUACUGGAGAGAAACCUUAUAUAUGCCAUGAAUGUGGGAAGGCCUUCCAUUGGAACAUACAACUUACUCAACAUCUGAGAAUUCAUACUGGAGAAAAACCUUACAAAUGUGAUGAAUGUGGGAAGGCCUUCUGUAAAAACAGAGAAUUCAUUCGACACCAGAGAAUUCACACUGGAGAGAAACCUUUUGAAUGUAAUGAAUGUGGGAAGGCUUUCCGCCAGAACAUACAUCUAACUAAACAUCAGAGAGUUCAUAGUGGAGAGAAACCUUAUAAAUGUAAUAAAUGUGGGAAGACUUUCCGUUGGAACACACAACUUAUUAAACACCAGAUAGUUCAUAUUUGAGAGAAUUUUAUGGAUGUAAUUAACGUGGAAAGCUCUUCUGCCAGAGAUGUGAGAACAUUUAUAUUAGAGAGAAACAGCUUUUUUAGAAUCACAAAAGUUUUGAGUUGGAAGAGACCUUAGUAGCUUUCUAGUCUAAUCCACGUGUGAAAAGGGAUGAGUUAUCCCUGUGUAAUAUACCCAAAAGCAGUCAUCCAGCUUGAUUGAAGAAUUCUAAUGUGAGAGUACCCACAAACUCCCAGAUCAGCCCCUUCUCUCUCUGGAUAGUUACAAUUGUUAGCAAGUUUUCCCUUGAUACCCCAUCUAAAUUUGCCUCCUCCACCAAAUUUCAGCAAUUUCUCUUCAUUUCAGCCCUCCUGGGACCAAGAAAAACAAGGCUAAUUUUUGGUCUGUAUGUCAGUCCUUCAAGAACUUGAAGAUAGCCAUCAUGUCCUCCCUAGAAGUAUUGUCUUCUCUAGGCUAAAAAUCUCCAGUCCUUUAAACCACUCAUUAUGUAGCACUUCACCGUCCUGGUCACCCUCCUCCAAACACUCUAGCUUAUCCUUCCUAAACUGCAGUGCUGGCAUUGAACACAAUUGUCCAAGUGAGUGAGGUUUGGCCAUGGAGCAGUUCAGAGGAACUCUUGCCUUCUUAUCUUUGAAUCGAUUCUUGUCUUAAUGUAGUCCAAGGUCAGAUGAAUUUUUAGGUGGUAACACCGAAUUGUUGACUUAUAGUGAGACCACUGCCCAUUAAAACACCCAGAUCCUCUUCAGACAAACUUCUAUCUCACAGUCUCCCCUCCAUAUUAUACUAAAGAAGCUGACAUUUUGAAUCAAAGUAUAAGACAAAAUUUACAACUGAACUUCAUUCAGGGAGGUUUGCUAUCCUUCCCAACUUUGUAUCUACCUAUGAGUACGUUUUGUUUCUUCUGAUAGAAGAGAAGCUCUUUGAGGGCAGGAAUUGUUUUUGUCCUUGUACCUUUAGCACCUAGCAUUGUGCUUGGCAUGUAGUAGGUGCUUUAUAAAUG